AUGCGACCGCCAGCCGUCUCUCUGCCAGAUCGCAGGGAGCCUUCCAAGGUUUCGUCUGGUCUCGCCGGAGCAGGUUUCGCCGAGGUCCGAAAGUCUAAACGCGUGAGCGCGUCGUACAAUGGACUUCACGUUCUCGACACGAGCAUGAGCAGUCCACUGGAACCAACGAGUGACGAACUUGCGGAACUGUAUUCCACGCAGGAAAACACUGUAAAUACUGCAACAGACAUUCCUACCUUCAGCGACGACCUAGCAGCAAUACACGACUUACAGGCUGAACGCAAACGCGUGCAGACUGAGAAAGGCGUUGUCAUCCAGAACCGCAUCUGGAGCACGCAGGAGAUAUUUCGCAGCGAUCCCCCAGAGUUGACCAGCUCGCAAGAUAUGGCGGCAAUGCCAUUCAUCACCUCCUCUCCUCCGCCCACACCGAGUCCACAGAAGAAGCGGAAGUUCGCAGACCUUGACCUGGGACACAAUCAGCUUGCCAGACCCGCCAAGGCGAAGCGAACGUACUAUGGCAUCAACAUCCACCAGCUGCUGGAGGACGCGCAGGCCGAAGAGAGCAUCCCGAAGGAGGCACUCGAGCUCCCAACGCCACCAGCUGAGCAGGCAUCCCACAAGGCGUCUUUACUCUGGACGGAGAAGUAUCGCGCCAAGAAGUUCACCGACCUGAUUGGAGAUGAACGGACGCAUCGAUCUGUGAUGCACUGGCUAAAGCGGUGGGAUCAGACGGUCUUCCCUGGCUCCUACAGACCGAAAGCAAAGGCCAAAGGCUUCAAUGAGCCUGUAGAGGAGAAGCCUCACCGAAAGAUUCUAAUGCUUACGGGGCCACCUGGAUUGGGCAAGACUACGCUUGCGCAUGUUUGUGCGAAGCAAGCUGGCUACGAAGUGCAGGAAAUUAAUGCAAGCGAUGAGCGAAGUGGUAACGUCGUGAAAGGCCGCAUCAGAGAUAUGCUGGGCACCGAGAACGUCAGAGGCGUCGAGAAGAAGACCGACGCUGGCAAAGUUCGAAAAUCUGGCAAGCCAGUAUGUGUAGUCGUGGACGAAGUGGACGGCGUUGUCAGCGGGAGUGGUGGAAGCGGAGAAGGCGGGUUCGUCAAAGCUCUCAUCGACUUGGUUAAUCUGGAUCAAAAGAACUCCUCCGCCCUCGGAACACUGCAGCAGGCGCCGGUACGGAAGAAGAAGGGCGAUCGAUUUCGGCUUCUACGACCAAUGAUCCUUAUCUGCAACGACGUGUAUCAUCCCUCGCUUCGGCCACUUCGGCAAGGCUCCUAUGCGGAAAUAAUUCAUGUCCGCAAGCCUCCAGUGCAGACUCUGGUGUCGCGGCUACAAUCGGUCUUCGAGAAGGAAGGUGUGCCAUGCGAGAGCGAUGGGGUCCGACGCCUAUGCGAGGCCACUUGGGGCGUCAGUAACCGCAAGGAAGAUCGCAACGGCGCUGGCGCUGGCGAGGGAGACAUGCGAGGUGAGUGGGUCGCCGGCAAGCUGCGCUCGAUUAACAACGCCACUGGCAAUGCUCGGUUGACUCGGCGCUGGGUUGAAGAGAAUGUCUUGAGCGACCUUGGACACGGUGGAGGUGCUACUAGAGGGUUAGGUCGUGGCGGGCCGAAGGACAUCGUCGAGCGGGUGUUCCAGGAGGGCGCAGGCUUUCCCAAGUCGUCCGUCCUCGUCACGCCUCAGCAUCAGACAGCACACGGCUCAGUCAAAGGCGUGGCGGAAGGCGCAAAGCGCACUGCUGGCGAGCGACUGCGCGAACUGGUCGACACUCUAGGCGACACCGAUCGCAUCAUGACGGACUGCUUCUCUUCCUACCCUGAGCAUCCAUUCCAAGACGACACCUACCUCUCCAAGCCAGACUCGGCCUACGAAUGGCUGAACUUCCACGACCGCCUCUCCUCCGCCGUCUACCGAAGCAACGAAUGGGAACUGGCACCCUACCUCAGCACGCCAGUCCUAGCAUUCCACCAUCUCUUCGCCUCGCCCACCCGAGCACAAUACGCCAACGUCCCUCUCGACGACGCCGACACAACCGAAACCACUCCUUCCCACCCCUUCCACGGCACCCAAGCCUCCUGGGCCGCGCACGAAGCCGAAAAGCACAACACCGCGCUCCUCCAAUCCCUGCAAUCCUCCCUCGACUCAGACCUCAGCCGCCACUUCAGCCGCCACUACGACAUCGCCACCGACCUCCUCCCCUACCUCCUGCGCAUGCUCUCCCCGAACGUCAACCCCGUCGUCGUAGGCGGCAGCAACAGCUCCGGUGGCACCAGCACCGCCUCCGUCCGCAAGGCCAGCGAGCAGCAGUUGAUCCAACGCGCCGUGCACGCCAUGGGCGCCAGCGGGGUGCGCUUCGAUCGGACGAAAGUCUCUAGUGCGGAAGACGGUGUGGUCGGGCCAGCGGGCUACGGCACGCAGUGGAUUUACCGGAUGGAGCCGUCGCUCGACGAGCUAGGGACGUUCCAGACGGGCGGGAAGGGAUUCGGGGAGAGUGGGGGGAAGAUGCGGUAUGCGGUGCGGCAGGUGCUGGAUCAGGAGUGGACGAAGGAGGAAAAGCGGCGGGCGGAGGUUGCGAGGUUGAAGCGGUUUACUGGUGGUGUGUUGCCGGGGGUUGGGGAGGUGGAGAUGGGGGGUGCUGAGAGUUUGGGGAAGGAUGGAGAGAAAGUGGUGGAUAAGGUCGUGAUCAAGCGGGACUUCUUUGGCAGGCCGAUCACUUUCUCGAGACCAACAUCCAGCCGUGAGGAAGGUAACAAGAGUGCGGAGCGACAAGAGCCGCAGAAGCCUGAGGAGGAAAAGGUGUGGGUGACGUACCACGAAGGCUUCAGCAACGCGGUCAGGAAGCCGCUGACACUGGCAGAAUUGAUGAAAGACUUGUAG